GGGCACGGCAGCAGUUGGGGAUAUCAUUUCACCGUCGCAGGGUAUGUCGCGGAACGCUACCGACUAAAAGGUUCCAGGUUAUUUUGCUGGUCGUCGCGGUCGCCAGUGGCCUAGAAUAAUGUUGGAUUUUUCUUGUCCUAUCGCUCCCUCGGCUACUUCACGUACGCGCCAAUUUUCGACUGACCCGCUGCCUACAAGUUACAACUCUCGCGACAUAACCUUCCCCUUGCUCUACUACUGCGACUCGCUUGCCCCGCUGCGACUCACUUGUGUUGCGAGUGCAUAACUUCCAGCCCUUCUUCAUU